AUGCCAAAUGCUAAACGGGAAAUCAAACUGGCACGAAAUAUGGUGAUUUUAGUAGGAAUUUUUGCAGGUGGAGGAGCACUGUGCUUGUGUCUUACUGUUUGGCGGGGCGUACAACCAGAUAGUAAACCACCAGAAUCGUUUUACUUAUUAAGUAUUAAUGCUAUCACACUUUUUACUGCUCUUAUGAUGGUCGCGCUAUUUAGUUUGAACAAACAGAUCAAAGGCAUUUGUGUCGGUUAUAUAUCAGGUCGGCGUACACGUGUUAUGCCAUUUUCGAUCAGUGAACAAAUAACGUUACGAGUUACUAAAUUCUGA